AUGGACAUCAUGAACCUGCCAGUUGUGGUCAGUCUGCUGGCUUUGUCAUUUGUGCACGCAAUUGAUUUCGUUGAUGAUGUGAGGCUUGCUGAGCUCGUUAAAGAAAGAGAAGUUAGGAGUUCGAACGCCCAGGAGGUAUCAAAACCGACGCCGACCCGCCAUUUUGAGCAUUAUGCUCAGCUGGAUUCUGAGGGCAACUACUGGUUAUUUUGGACCACCAAUGACACUCACGUGACCUUUGAGACACACGUGAAUACUCACGGCUAUGUUGGAUUUGGAAUCUCAUCGAACGGAAAGAUGUUUCCUGCUGACGUCAUCAUAGGCGGGGUCAAGGACGGUCAAACCUACUUCAAGGACUACCAUACUACCCAGCAUGCACCACCGAUAGUCGACCAAUCACAAGACUGGUUCCUAAUCGCUGGCAAGGAAACUGCUUCCGGUACCGUCCUUACCUUUGUGCGCAAACUCAACACAUGUGAUAGUGUUGGAGAUAUGGUGAUCACGGAUGACACUACUCGAAUCAUUUUCUCUUACCAUCCCGAUGAUGUGACGAGUUAUAUCCCGUAUCAUGGCGCCACCAGACGUGGAACAAAGAGUGUCAUGCUGUUGUCUUCUUCUCUGACAGCCGAUGAUGUCCAUAUUCCCUCCGACACGGUCACAUUUGAUUUUCUCCAUGACAAUUUGCAUGUUACCUCUGACACGACAACCUAUUCAUGUCGAGCUUUUAAGUUUCCCAGCCUUUCCUCAAAACAUCACCUGAUUAAGUAUGAACCAGUUGUAACACCCGGAAAUGAACUACAUGUGCACCACGUGCUCAUCUUUAAAUGUGACAAAAGGGCUGCUGAACUGGCUUCAUAUGAUGGCACAACCUUCCGGUGUGAUCAUUCCGGAAACGUACCGCAAGCUCUACGCGGUUGCUUGAGUGAGGUGGUGAUUGCCUGGGCUAUUGGAGGCAAAGCGUUUUACUACCCUCCGAAUGCCGGGUACUCACUCGGCACAGAUGUCGACCCCGAUUUCUUCGUCAUGGAGACACAUUACGACAAUCCAACGGCUAAAGCAGACAUUGUCGACAGUUCCGGUAUCCGAAUCACUAUGACACCAACACUCCGAACACACGACGCCGGACUUCUUCAAAUCGGAAUAGCCGUUAGUGAUAAACAAGUUAUACCCCCUAUGGAGGACGCAUUUGUCUCACAAGGGUAUUGUCCUUCUGAAAUUCUCAGCACGGGAGUACCAUCAGAGGGUAUUAACGUGUUCGCCAUGGUUCAACAUUCCCAUCUCCUAGGGACACAAAUGGUCACACGUCACUACCGAAAUGGAAGGGAGCUCGAACCCUUGGCAGCGGAUAAACAUUACGACUUCAAUUUCCAAGACAUGCGCUACCUCCCCAAAAUGAAGACUGUGCUCCCUGGAGAUAAACUUGAAGUGAAAUGUGUUUACGAUUCCAGUCACAGACGGAGACUAACACUGGGAGGAUUAUCUACCCAAGAGGAGAUGUGCCUGUCCUUCAUCGCUUACUACCCGCGCAUGCCCCUUGACUCAUGUUUAAGUCUUCCUCUCUACAACACGUUAUCGUCCGAUCCUAGAGAUGUUCAACAUAUGUUUAAUUCUUGGAACUGGACAAAUCCCUCAGUGCGAUCAAAAUUCCAGACAGCCUUGGAUAACUCGAUCCACUAUCAUUUUGGUAUUGGUGAAGGUGCAGCAGUGAAUACGCAUGUGAUGACACCGGAGCAUGCAACAAACUACCCGUACGUAGCUCCAGAAGAUACCAGAUGUCAUACCCACGCUGGCCCUGUCCCUAAUUUGGCUUUUCUUGGCAGAAAGAAGAAAUGAUUUGAUUGACGUAGGCGUGAGGAAGUAACAUCACGAGCAUAUGCACAGCUACAUGUCAU